AGUGGGCGGCGCCGUCGUCCCGGGCGACUCGGUCGGUAUCGGAUCUCCACACGGUCUGAAAACAAAGAUCUUUGGGUUUAAAACCUCGGGAGAGAGAGAAAGGCGGCGAUUUACGGCGAAUAAAGACGAGUUCCGGCCACUGGGCUGCGAGAUGAAGAGAUAAAGCGGCCGGGGACCGAUCGCCGCCCAGAUUUAUUGUUAUUGUCGUUAACAUCAUCAUUUUUUAAAUCAUGGAGUUCCCGUUCGACAUCAACCCCCUCUUCCCCGAGAGGGUGAGUGUCCUGGACCAUCACCUGCAGCCCGGCCGCAGGAGCAGCUCCAGCAGAGCCACCCUGGAGAACCAGCUUGCUGUGGUGUUAGACAAGAUGGGGGAGGCUUCAGCCAAGGCCCAGCAGCUGUCUGCGGCCAUCACUAACGCCUCCCGGAUGCAGGUCAACAGGCACCGACUCUACAUCCUGAAGGACAGUGUCGCCAACCGUGGGAGAGGCGCUGCUAUUGGCUUCUUGAAAGUCGGAAACAAAAAACUCUUUGUGCUGGACGGGCAAGGUACCCACCACGAGAUGGAGCCGCUGUGCGUGCUGGACUUCUACGUACACGUCUCAUUGCAGCGACAUGGUUAUGGCAAGGAGCUGUUUGACUACAUGAUCCAGUAUGAAGGGAUACAGCCUUCCCAUCUGGCCAUCGAUCGCCCAUCCAGCAAGUUCCUCAGCUUCCUCAGGAAACAUUAUCACCUUGCAGCCACGAUUCCACAGGUUAACAACUUUGUGGUGUUUGAUAGUUUCUUCAGGGACAGACAGCUGCGCAGGACGAGACUGGUCCACAGAAGCAUCACUAAGAAGGUGGAGCAGGAUAUCAAACCGUACUCCAUCACCGUGCGGGAGGGGGCCCCGCAAGAACAGGAGCUUCCCUGGCCCUUCAACCAGUCUCCAUCACUGAUGCGGUCCAACAGCCUGGGCUGCUCCUCCCGCCAGCAAGAAGGUGCCCGCUACGUCAGGGGGGUGCGCCCCCCGGCACUGAACGGCACGAGGGAGCAAGACGACUCCUCUGUCCACAAGAGGAGAACCAGCUCCCUCACUCGCUGUCAGCCUUCCUUCCAAUGACAUUGCCCUCUCAUUAGCCUCUCCUGUUUCUCACCACUCUGAGUAAAGUACAAAUCUUUAAAGUAUGACGUGGGUUUUAACAAAGCCUUUUUUUUUGUACCUUGUAUGUAAAUCAAUUGUUAAUAUUUUUUACAGUGAACUUGGAAUAGCUUUUAAAUUCUAGAAUCAAUUCUGAUUUCUUAAUCUGUUGUUAAUCGAUUUUGCUGAACCUGUCUGUGGAAAUAUCCUACAAUCCACUGACGUACAGGAUUAGAAGUUGAUUAGCUUCAGUAGAAUUAUAAAUUGUCUGUGUGUAGGAUAGUGCUGGUGUACAAAGUAAUCGCUGGUCGGCACGGACUCGAUGGGCCGAAGGGCCGGUUUCCACACUGUACCUCGAAAGUAAAGAAAGGCAAAGUCUUUGUGUUUUCCCAAAGGAGUGGAAUGAUUCUUACGCCCCUGUCCCACAUAGGGAACCUGAACGGAAACCUCUGGAGACUUUGCGCCCCACCCAAGGUUUCCGGGCGGUUCCCGGAGGUUUUUGUCAGUCUCCCUACCUGCUUCCACUACCUGCAACCUCCGGCAACCACCUGCAACCUCCGGGAACCGCACGGAAACCUUGGGUAGGGCGCAAAGUCUCCAGAGGUUUCCGUUCGGGUUUCCUAAGUGGGACAGGGGCAUUAUUAGUAAGCAGAGAGGUGAGAGAUUGCCAGGGGUAGGUGGAGAUGAGGGGCCAGAGGACCCUUCUAAUUAGUCUGAAGAAGGGUCUCUACCCAUUCCUUCUCUCCAGAGAUGCUGCCUGUCCCGCUGAGUUACUCCAGCAUUUUGUGUCUACCUUCGAUUUAAACCAGCAUCUGCAGUUCCUUCCUGCACCCUUCAAAUGAGUUUGUUCUUUACCGAACAGUGAGAGGCCUGGAUAGAGUGGAUGUAGAGAGGAUGUUUCCACUAGUGGGAGAGUCUAGGACCAGAGGGCACAGUCUCAGAAAUAAAGAGCUAUUCCUUCGCUGCCUAAACCGCUGAGUUUCUCCAGCAUUUUUGUCUGCCAUAAAUAAAGGGCGUUCCUUUAGGAAGGAGAUGAGGAGGAAUUUCUUUCGUCAGAGGGUGGUGAAUCUGUGGGAUUCUUUGCCACAGACGGCUGUGGAGGCCUAGUCAAUGGAUAUAUUUAAGGCUGCGGUUGAUAGAUUCUUGAUUAGUACGGGGUGAAUGGGAUUUAGGAGGGAGAGAUAGAUCAGCCACGAUUGAAUGGUGGAGUAGACUUGAUGGGCCGAAUGGCCUAGUUCUGCUCCUAUCACCGAUGAACUUUAAGAGCAUGUGGGUGAUGAAUGCAUCUUGUGUUUUGGUCCAGGUGAUGUGUUUUGGUACAGGUGCCUGGGUAUAUGUGUGUGCAGUGUAUAUAUGUAUGUGCCACUUGGGGACGGGAGGGUGAUGUACACCCUGGCAGUAGUGAAUGAGGAGGUCAGCUUCCACAAGUUAACGGCUUUGUUCUUUAGUAGUAUUUCUGCUUGUUUGACUACACAACUGCCAGCUAUCUCUCUCGUGCAGGCUAAUGCUGCCGGCAUGGGCACUGGUUAUUUAGAUGUUGAUGUGGGCAAGUUUGGUGAGAUGGUCCAUGUCCCAAGUUGUCUAGCUGAGCAACAAGGUUGGUGUUGGGAAGGAUGUUCCACUCCGGGACUGGAUAGUCCAUGGAUAUAGUGACUGUAGAUAGCGUCUUGUGUUUGACCUCAUUCUAGUGUAGAUACAGUGACCUGAGGACUGUCUUGUAGAUUGGAUUGAAUGAGUUGAGAGAUGUUGCAUAGAAACAUAGACAAUAGGUGCAGGAGUAGAGGCCAUUCGGCCCAUCGAGCCUGCACCGACAUUCGAUAUGAACAUGGCUGAUCAUCCAACUCAGUAUCCCAUCCCUGCCUUCUCUCCAUACCCCCUGAUCCCUUUAGCCACAAGGGCCACAUCUAACUCCCUCUUAAAUAUAGCCAAUGAACUGUGGCCUCAACUACCUUCUGUGGCAGAGAAUUCCACAGAUUCACCACUCUCUGUGUGAAAAUGUUUUCCUCAUCUCGGUCCUAAAAGAUUUCCGUCUUAGCCUUAAACUGUGACUGGGGAUGAUGCCACAAGUCUCCCUGUAAACAGUAAAUAAGCGGGUGUUGGUGCGUCUAGACUCAGCCAAGGCGAUUUAACAGAUCGGAAACACUUGACUGUCUCGAGCAGUCGUUCUAGACAAACUGGGCUGGCUACACUGGUGGACUCGGCUUGUACUCGCUAGAAUUUAGAAGAUUGAGGAGGGAUCUUAUAGAAACUUACAAAAUUCUUAAGGGGUUGGACAGGCUAGAUGCAGGAAGAUUGUUCCCGAUGUUGGGGAAGUCCAGAACAAGGGGUCACACAGUUUAAGGAUAAAGGGGAAAUCUUUUAGGACCGAGAUGAGAAAAACAUUUUUUUUUUUUACACACAGAGAGUGGUGAAUCUGUGGAAUUCUCUGGCACAGAAGGUAGUUGAGGCCACAGUUCAUUGGAUAUAUUUAAGAGGGAGUUAGAUGUGGCCCUUGUGGCUAAAGGGAUCAGGGGGUAUGGAGAGGAGGCAGGUACAGGAUACUGAGUUGGAUGAUCAGCCAUGAUCAUAUUGGAGGGCGGUGCAGGCUCAAAGGGCCGAAUGGCCUCUACUCCUGCACCUAUUGUCUAUGUUUCUAUGCAUGCCCCUGAAUCUUGUCGAGGGGUGUCAAUGUUAUUUUGCUGGGGAGGUUCCCACAUUGUUCCAACAGUAGGCGGACUAGUGUGUUGACACGACCUCCUUAAGCCCCUGUCCCACUUUCACGACCUAAUUCACGACCUCUGCCAAGUUUGCCCUUGACUCGUACUCGCAGCAUGGUCGUAGGAGGCCGUGAUGCUGGUCGUAGGUACCCGUGGCAUCAAGUAGGUCGGGGCAUUUUUUCUAGCCUGAUGGAAAAUUGUCCACGAGUAAAAAAGGUGGUGAAUUAGGUUGUGGAAGUGGGACAGGGGCAAUUCUGUUUAUCGGUUGUGUACUUCACAGUGGCGCAGCGGGUAGAGCUGCUGCCUCACAGCGCCAGAGACCCCGGUUCCAUCCUGACCUCGGGUGCUGUCUGUAUGGAGUUGGCACGUUAUCCCUCGAAAUGCAUGGAUUUUGUCCUGGUGUUUAUCAUGGCCUCGGUGUCCAGUGAAAAGCAUUUUGUUGCAUGCUAUCCAGUCAGCGGAAAGACAACACACGAUUACAAUCGAGCCGUCCACAGUGUACAGAUACAAGAUAGGGGAAUAACGUUUAGUGCAAGGUAAAGGCCGAUUAAAGAUAGUCCAAGGGUCUCCAAUGAGGUAGAUGGGAGGUUAGAACAGCCCUCUAGUUGGUUCAGUUGCCUGAUAACAACUGGGAAGAAACUGUCCCUGAAUCUGGAGGUGUGCGUGCGUUUUCACACUUCUGUACCUCUUGCCCGAUGGGAGAGGGGAGAAGAGGGAGUGGCCGGGGGGGGUGAGACUAGUUGAGACGAUGCUGCUGGCCUUGCGGAGGCAGCGUGAGGUGUAGAUGGAGUCGAUGGAAGGGAGGCUGGUUUGUGUGUGAUGGUCUGGGCUACGUCCACAACUCUCUACAAUUUCCCGCGGUCGUGGAUGGAGCUGUUCCCAAACCGUGCAUCCGGAUAAAAUGCUUUCCACGGCGCAUCCGUAGAAGUUGGUGAGAGUUGUUGGGGACAUGCCGAACUUCCGAAGCCUUCAGAGGAAGUAGGAACAUGGGGCAGCCACGAUGGCACAGCGGUAGAGUUGCUGCCUCACAGCGCCGGAGACCCGGGCUCCACCCCGACUACGGGCGCUCUCUGUGCGGAGUUUGCACGUUCUCCCCCGUGACCUGUGUGGGUUUUCUCCGGGUGCUCCGGUUUCCUCCCACACUCCAAAGACGUACAGAUUUGUGGGUUAAUUGGCUUUGGUGUAAUUGCAUAUUGUCCCCAGUGUGUGUAGGAUAGUGUUGGUGUACAGGGAUCGCUGGUCGGCGCCGACCCGAUGGCCCGUUCCCGCGCUGUAUCUCUAAUCUAAAAGGUAGAGGCGUUGGUGUGUUGUCUUGGCCUUUUGCUUCGAUAUGACUGGUUCAGGACAAGUUGCUGGUGAUAUUUGCCCCCAAGAACUUGAAGCUUUCAGCAAACUGGAAUUUUGAACACGUUACCUCUGUCUUGGUUUUAAUGUGUUGUGAAAUUAGGAGCAAUACACAAUAGGUGCAGGAGGAGGCCAUUCGGCCCUUCGAGCCAGCACCGCCAUUCAAUGUGAUCAUGGCUGAUCAUCCACAAUCAGUACCCCGUUCCUGCCUUCUCCCCAUAUCCCCUGACUCCGCUAUCUUUAAGGAGCAUUAAGACAUUAGGAGAAUAAGGGGUCAGCCAUUUAGAACGGAGACGAGGAAACACUUAUUUUAGGAUUAUUAAGGGAUUGGACACGCUGGAGGCAGGAAACAUGAUCCCGAUGUUGGGGGAGUCCAGAACCAGGGGCCACACACACAGUUUAAGAAUAAGGGGUUGGCCAUUUAGAAUGGAGAUGAGGAAACACUUUUUCACCCAGAGAGCUGUGAGUCUGUGGAAUUCUCUGCAUGGUGGAGGCCAAUGCUUUCAAGAGAGAGUUAGAUAGAGCUUUUAAAGAUAGCGGAGUCAGGGGAGAAGGCAGGAACGGGGUACUGAUUGGGGAUGAUCAGCCAUGAUCACAUUGAAUGGUGGUGCCGGCUUGAAGGGCUGAAUGGCCUCCUCCUGCACCUAUUGUCUAUUGUGUAUUGUAGAUGUAGCCACAUGAAGGUCCCAUCCCUAUCAUUCCCAGUAACUCUUGUGUGUUAGUUCCUGCAUGCCCGUGGAGCGAUAAGCAACUGAGAGUCCUUGCAAUGUAGUUGAUAUGUUUGCAAUAAAGCCCUGGAUGUUCGAACCUCUUCUGCCCACGUGUGAUUGGUCUCUCUUUUGCUCAAUGCCACGGUAUCUGACGAUAAACCAAACUCAACUCUUUUUUAAAAAUAAUUGUAUUUAUUCGAAGUAGUGUACAUUACAAGAAUACAAGCCAAAAAUAACAUCAUACAUUUCUUGUACCACUUCAUGUUUUAAACUUUCAAAAGAGGAAAAGUAAAUAAAGUGAGAUGGGACGGCGAGCGUGUGAAAGGACGAUAAAAAAAAAGACCCUUAGACACGAAAAAUGCGGGGGGAAAAAGUUAAGACGUAAGCCAUAGAAAAAGAAAACAGAAGAUAUAUUAAAAGUAAAUAAAAAAGAUCUACAGGUGCACAACCUUUUAUCCGGAGUUCCGGAAACCGAAAAACUCCGAAAACCGGCCAUUUUUCCAGGAUGUCGUCUGCACACCAAAGCUCGCGUUUGGCGCCAAACUUGACCCGAAACGACCCACGGUCAACCCAGGUCAGUACUACUGUAGCGGCUGCCUCCUCCCUGGAGACCGGGGAGACACUUAAACAUCUGUAAAUCAUUGCUUAAAUGUUAGUCAGUUAGUUUGGAGGGCUUUUAUGUGAAGGGGGGGUGAAGGGGUAAACUUUAAUUCUUAGUCCCCUACCUGGUCGGAGAGGCGGGGAGCGGUCAAUGCCUUACCGGGUCGCCGUGCAGUAAGCUCCGCAGCACUG